AUGGCAUCAAAUAAUAAAGAUUCACAAUUAAUGAUUGCAUUAAAAGAUAUUGUUGCAGGUUCAAUUGGUGGUGUUGGUCAAGUUUUUACUGGUCAUCCAUUGGAUACCAUUAAAGUCCGUCUUCAAACACAAUCAGUUGGAAAUCCAAUUUAUUCAGGCACAAUGGAUUGUUUAAAAAAAACAAUUUCUCAAGAAGGUUUUGCAGGUUUAUAUAAAGGUGUUGCAUCACCAUUAGUUGGAUUAAGUAUUAUGAAUUCAGUAAUGUUUUUAGCAUAUGGUCAAAGUAAAACAUUAAUUCAAAAGUUAAGUGAUAAUCCAAAUGAAGCAUUAGAUUUGAAAGGAUUAACAGCAGCAGGUGCAUUAGCAGGUAUUGCAAUUGGUUUUGUAGAUGCACCAGUAGAUUUAUUUAAAUCACAAAUGCAAGUUCAACAAGGUGAUAAGAAUCAAUAUAAAUCAACAGCAGAUUGCGCAAAACAAAUUUGGAAGGUUGGUGGUGUUCGUGGUGUUUUCCAAGGUUUAGGUGCAACUUUGGUUAGAGAUAUCCCUGCAAACGCUUGUUAUUUCGGUGCCUAUGAAUUAUGUAGAGAUUUUUUAGCUUCAAAGGAUAAUAUUAGUGUCAACCAAUUAUCAUCACUCCAAAUUAUGGCUGCUGGUGGUGCUGGUGGUGUCUCUUAUUGGACACUCACUUAUCCAGCCGAUGUUGUCAAAAGUACAAUGCAAACUGAUGCCAUCGUCAAAUCUCAACGUAAAUAUAAAAAUAUGAUCGAUUGUGCCUCUAAAAUUUAUAAACAACAAGGUAUCGCAGGUUUCUAUAAAGGUUUCACACCAUGUUUCAUCAGAUCUGUACCUGCAAAUGCCGCUUGUUUUGUCUUAUACGAAAAGGCUAGACAAAUUAUGAGUUAG